AUGAUUGUUCUUGAUCAUGAGCAUUACACAAACCAUAUUAAGGACCACAAAGAAGAUGAACCCUUCCUGAACAAGCCUAUUAAACAUUAUGAGGAGAUGCUGGUUAUUGUUGGAGCAGGCAUGGCUACGGGGCAAUAUGCAAAAGGCUCAAGUGACCCUUUAGCGACGAAGGUGAUUGAUCUUGAAGAACAGAAAACCAACAAAGCCGCUGCCUCGAAUGAAGAGGUUGCCCAAUCACACACUUGUGAUGAGUCAGCCGCUCCCAAGUUGAAGAAAGCCAAAACUAAUCCUUUUGCAGAAGAUAGGAUGGUUGCAACCAUAAUGGCUUCAAGUGAAAGGAUUGCUGUUGCCAUUGAGAAACUUGCUAGCGACGUCAACCCCGCCAUUGAUGGUCUUUGGGAUGAGAUGAAAGAACUCCCUGGCUUUGAUGUGGAUUCCCUUGCACAUUACUAUGCCUAUUUGGUUGACAAUCCUCGUGUUGCAACGGCAUUCAAGGUCCUGGGGGGUGUUCAAAGAAAGGUUUGGGUCUCUAGGUAUGUGAAGAGUACCUUUCCUGAAGCUGAAGCAUGCUGA